AUGGCGGCGCUCGAUUCAAAGGGCGCUGGCCCUCGCGAUGUCGAGACCCCGACAAUGAAAGAGGACUCUGCCCCUUCGUUCACACUCUCACCCUCUCCAGAAGAGGAAAAAGCACUCCUCUGGAAACAAGACAAACGAAUCAUCCCGCUCUCCGCGGGGAUCUACUUUCUCUGCUUCCUCGACCGCUCCAACAUCGGCAACGCGAAGAUCCUGAAUUCGUCAAGCGGCCAUGACAUGCAAACUGAAACGAACAUGUCGAAUCACGAUUUUACGAUUGCCCUAAUGAUUUUCUUGAUAGCCUACGCCCUCUUCGAGGUCCCAUCCAACAUCCUGCUGAAGAAGCUGCGGCCCUCGCGGUGGCUGGCUUUUCUGAUGUUCUCUUGGGGUGCCGUGACGAUCGGCCUCGGCGGCACGCGCAACUUUGCCGCUGUGACGGGGGUGAGAUUUCUCUUGGGGGUAUUUGAAGCUGGAUUGUUUCCGGGCCUGGUGUACUACCUUACUUUCUGGUAUAAGCACGACGAGAGAAGCGUCAGAGUGGCAAUGAUUCUUGCAAGCGCAACGUUGGCUGGUGCCUUUGGAGGAGCGAUCGCGUAUGGCAUUGGACACAUGAACCAGGUCAAUGGGAUGUCUGGUUGGCGGUGGCUCUUCAUUCUUGAAGGCAUCCCCUCCUGUUUGUCUGCAUUCUUCGUGUGGUUCUUUCUGCCGGAUUACCCCGAAAGUGCAGGAUGGCUAUCAGAACGCGAAAAAGACCUCGCUGUCGAGAGGCUGUACCACGAGGGUAGCAAGAGCAGUCACAAAACCAUGUCCUGGGAGGAUGCGAAGGCGACGUUGACGGAUUGGAGACUGUAUGGUCAUUACGUCGUCUACUUCGCCAUCUCAACGCCGUUUUCAUCGUUGUCGCUAUUCACGCCCUCGAUUACCUCGGGAUUGGGGUUCGUAGACUUGCAAGCGCAGUUGAUGACCGUUCCGCCGUACGCAGCGGCCUAUGUUGUCCAGAUUAUUGUUGCGUACUCCGCAGACCACUUCAACGCUCGCGGCGUCCAUUCUGCAGCCCUCGCUCUCAUCGGCGCAAUUGGCUUCGCAGUCUCCGCCGUCCUGCCCCCAAACGCAUACAAUGCUCGCUACGGAUGCCUCAUUGUCGGCACCUCGGGUGCCUUUGCCUGCAUCCCGCCAUUGCUGGGUUGGUUAACGUCAAAUAUCUUCAGCACAGCGUCAACGGGGCUCGCUAUCGCGCUCAACGUCAGUUUUGGGGCUGGACUGGGGCAGAUCCCGGGUGUGUGGGUGUAUAAAGCUGAGGAGAAGGCGAUCGGGUAUCCGACCGGGCACUGGGCGAAUGCAGCGCUGUUGUUUGUCGUUGUCGUUGGAUGUGCGGCUCUGCGGGUGUAUUACGGCGUGAUGAACCGGAAGCUGGUGGCGGAAGCAGAAAGGGAUGGGAGAGAACCGCGCUUGUUCAAGCUGUAA